GUCAGCGAGCAAAGUUUUUGCGGAGCCGUUUUAAGUGCGUACGAACAGCUUGCUAGCUUGCUAGCGGGGCUGGCAAGUUUUUUUUCUGUUGUGUGUAUGUGCUUGAUGCGGUGCGGAGGAAAGAGGAGAUGUGGUCCUUUUUCGCCAGGGAUCCCGUCAAAGACUUUGCCUAUGAAAUUCUGCCGGACACCCAGGAGAAGUCCGGCUUAUGGACACUUCACCGGGGGAAGAGAAAGACAAAUGGAGAGCCGGUGUCUGUGUUUAUGUACGAGGUGGCUCAGGGAACAGACCAACAGACCCAGCUUGCCAAGGCUGCCUUUAAACGGAUGAAGACCCUGCGCCAUCCUAACAUCUUGGCCUACGUUGAUGGAUUAGAGGGAGAGACAGAAAAGAGUCUGUACCUGGUUACAGAGCAGGUGACCCCCCUGGCCACCCACCUGAAGGCCCAGGCAGAGAAGGGUGGCUCUGGGGAGCUGGAGGUGUCAUGGGGACUGCACCAGAUAGUGAAAGCACUGAGUUUCCUGGUCAACGACUGCCACCUGCUCCACAACAACCUGGGACUGUGGGCUGUUUUUGUGGACCGGGCCGGUGAGUGGAAGCUGGGAGCCCUGGACCAUGUGGCCCCAGAGCAGGGCGACCCCAGUGGGGCCUUGCUGCCUGCCCCCAAGACUGUCUACCCUGACAUGGAGAAAUAUGACCCACCAGAGAUGCCCAACAGCAACACUGGAGAGAAAUGGGCAGGAGAAGUAUGGCGGAUGGGCUGCCUGAUAUGGGAGGUGUUCAAUGGGCCGUUGCCACGUGCCUCCUCUCUUCGCUCCUUGGGGAAGAUCCCCAAGGCCUUGGUCCCCCACUACUGUGAGCUGGUGGGGGCCAACCCCCGCGCUCGCCCCAACCCGGCCCGCUUCCUCCAGAACUGCAGAGCCCCCGGAGGCUUCCUCAGCAACAGCUUUGUUGAGAGCAACCUUUUUCUGGAGGAGAUCCAGAUCAAGGAGCCUGCAGAGAAGCAGCAGUUCUUCCAGGAUUUGAGCGACAACCUGGACUCCUUCCCUGAGGACUUCUGUAAACACAAGGUCUUGCCUCAGCUGCUCACCGCCUUUGAGUUUGGCAACGCCGGCGCCGUCGUCCUCACGCCGCUUUUCAAGGUGGGGAAGUUCCUGUCAGCAGAAGAAUACCAACAGAAGAUCAUUCCUGUCAUUGUGAAGAUGUUUUCCUCCACGGACCGAGCCAUGAGGAUACGAUUGCUGCAGCAGAUGGAGCAGUUCAUUCAGUAUCUGAAUGAGGCGGCGGUCAACUCUCAGAUUUUCCCUCACGUUGUUCAUGGCUUCACGGACACCAACCCUGCCAUCAGAGAACAGACUGUUAAGUCCAUGCUGCUGCUGGCUCCCAAGCUGAAUGAGACCAACCUGAACCAGGAGCUGAUGCGCCACUUUGCCAGGCUGCAGGCCAGAGAUGAGCAGGGCCCAAUCCGCUGUAACACUACAGUCUGCCUGGGCAAGAUCGCCCCCUACCUCAACGCCGGGACCCGACAGCGUGUGCUGAUCUCAGCCUUCUCUCGGGCCACCAAGGACCCCUUCCCAGCCUCGCGCUCUGCUGGUGUGCUGGGCUUCGCCGCCACACACAACUACUACAGUGUAACAGAGAGCGCCGCACGAAUCCUGCCCACCCUCUGCACCCUCACUGUGGACCCUGAUAAGACUGUCAGAGACCAGGCAUUUAAAGCCAUCAAGAGUUUCCUUUCCAAGCUGGAGACAGUGUCAGAAGACCCAACCAAGCUGGCUGAGAUAGAAAAGGAUGUAGCAUCGUCAGCUCAGCCAACAGGUGUGUCAUCCAGCUGGACAGGGUGGGCUGUGACCGGCGUGUCCUCGCUGACCUCUAAGUUGAUCCGCAACACGCCAGGAGGGCCAGAAGCGGGCGGUCCGGCAGAGAACAGCGGGCCGGACCAGGCCACCAGCCCCACCAGUGCCACAGAUGGAGCACCUGCCUCUGGCUCUGAAGCUAAAACACCACAGGCCUCUCUAACUCACCUUGCUGCCUCUAGCCGUGCCAACCAAUCACAGACUCUGGAAGUGGCAGACAACGACGAUGAGCCAAUAGGAGACCGCUGGGAUGACGAAGAGGACUGGGGAAGCUUGGAGGACCCAGAGAAAGGUCAGACAGACCCAGAUGACUGGAACACAGACUGGUCGGGAAUGUCGUCCUCCAAAAAGAAGGCCAGUGACAGAGGAGUGGGCCGCUCAUCCUCCACAGCAGUGAAAAAGCAGAGCUCUGAUUGGAGCAGCUCAGGUUGGGACGCCGAUGACAGCUGGUCCAAUGAGAAGGAGGGUCAGGGUCAGAGUUCACCGGGUGAGGAGGGCUGGGGUAACGACUGGGGGGAGGACGAGACGGACACGUCCUCGACCAACAAGACAGUCACGCUGCCAGAGGGGGUGCGGCUCGCCAGCGAAUACGACUGGGACAGCAGCACAGCCAAAGGAGCCGGGCAGAACGACCUGUUCGCCAGCCUGUCCCAGAGGAACACAGCCAGCACUGCCACCACAGCCGGAGCAGGCUGGGGCUCAGAGCCAGCAGGAGACUGGGGAACUGAGGAGAGCUGGGAGUCAGUGGAUGGAAGCCAGGGCCUCAGCAAGGCCGAGUUGUCCAAGAAGAAACGGGAGGAGAGGAGGAAGGAGCUGGAGGCCAAACGGGCAGAGCGCAAGGCUGCUAAAGGCCCACUGAAACUGGGCGCACGCAAACUGGACUGAGGGUGACAGAAAGAAAUGAAUGAGGCUGGGGAGGGGAAGGGAAGAAUACAGAGUGCAGUGACUGGACCCAGACCCUGGAGAUGGAGAUGGGAUGGACAUUCCUUGACUAAAGGACCUGAGAGAAGAGGUGACAGUGGUAUGAAGGGGGAUGCUGUGAACCUGCCUGCAGUCACUGCUUGCUGGCUGAGCAGAGAGCAGUGUUGUUGCUCAGUAGAGAGGAGGCACUCUGCCUCAUGAGUCUCUACCUUUCUCUUCACUGAGAAACUGUGCCACAAUCCAAAGGUGGAUCCCUGCAGAAGAGAAGAGUUGAAAAGAGGCAGAGACGGAAAAGAAUAAAAGAAAAGGUUGACAACCAGGAAGCAACACAGAGCAGCACUCCUCGCAACUGAGGCCCAAGUUGGUCAGACUAUCAGGGGAAACUGACUUGUCUCAUAGGAUUCCCCCUCCUUUCCAUCUUUUUUUUUUUUUGAAAUACUUUGCUCAGUUGCAGUUGUAAAGUAAGUGUAUAUAAGUGGUGCAUCUUGUCUCAAAAUGACAUGAAGAAAUGACACUUUUUUUAAUGGAAAAAUAUAUAGUAAUAUAGCAGAAUUUCAGAAUCAAACGUGUAUUAUACCGAAUGUUGUUCAGUACACAUGCACACACCAAGGAUAUGAAUGUUUUAGUUCAGCUGUCACUGAUUACAGAGUUAAGACUACGGUCUAUCCAUGCAUGCACUUGUAUAUGUGUGGUCUACCAAACAAUCUUAUGGCAACCGAUUUCCAAUGUGUUCUGUUUACUUUGCUCAUGGCAUCGCAAUACUGAAUUUAACUGUGCUGAACCAUUCUGACAGGUGACACGUGACUAGAACCAUGUACUAGAACAGCCAGGCGAUUGGAAUAAGCAGUCAGGUUGGGGCUCUAAGGCAUCUGAAUGAAUGAAUCUGUCUACCUAGCUCUGUUUAUGUUUUCCAUGAGGUUUAGUGGGGCGGUGGAGGGUUAUUGAGAUUGAAAUUGAUUAAUUUCAAAUUCUUUGCAAGAUCUUACAUGCCAUUGUACCUGUAUAAUCCCACAGACCCUGUUAGCAUCAAUGAAAUCACCCUGGGGAUUAAGAUCUGCCUAGCAACAGUUUUGUGCACUAUUGGGGUUAGUCACGAUGAAGGAAAUUUAAGUUUCCUUUUUGCUUUUAUUUGUGCCUUUGAUUUGCUCUAUAGGCUUGUAUACAAGUGUUAAUGAAUCCAGGUAGACCUGACAUGUCUCAUGCCACCAGAUCCAGAUGCAAGAUCUUCGCUUAAAACUCCUUUGUGACCCCACAGCCGGCCACUGCCUGUGACAGACAGUGCUCUGAGGCUUGGUGUUGCCUACUAAGUGGAAUGCUAUAUAGAUAUGACACAGUCCAUCACCAUGGGAGGUCAGGGUCCUUGCAUGGGCGUGGUCCGGAAAGGAAUGACAUCAUUCUUAAUACUGUAAUGAGGAUGGAUCCUGAAUAUGUCCUUCCACAAUGGAGCAAUGUCUGGAUGCAUUAUUUUACAGAGAAUCCAAAACAUGUACCAGGUGAGCUGUUCUAAAAUAAUAAUAAAAAAAAAACACAUACAAAUCGUAA